CUCUCAUAUUCGGCAGAAUCUUCGCGUUCUGAAAUUUCCCUUCACAUCCAACCCACUUUCCUUUUUUUCUGUCCCUUGUUAUUAUUAUUAUUUCACAAUCUCACUCUCCUCUCCCCAUUUAUUAUUUAUUCCAUUACCCUUCUCCCUUCUUCCCCUCACUAUUCUCCCUUUCCCCUUUCACCCUGCAAAUUCUGAAUCUCAACAGCGACAAAGAUCCAAUGGGUUCGGUUCCUUCAGAACUGACCUUGGAUUUACGACCGACUUUCGUUCCCAAAACCAUCACUGAUUUCCUCUGCCACCUCUCCUCUGCCCCCGAUAAGCUUCCCAGGCUCCACGAUUUCCUCGCCCGUUUGGAGGACGAACUCAGAAAGAUCCACGCCUUUAAACGCGAGCUCCCUCUCUCCAUGCUCCUCUUAAACGACGCAAUUUCAGUUGUCAGGGAGGAAUCGGAGAAAUGCAGGGCUCGUAAUUCGGUACCAGUGCUGGAAGAGUUUAUUCCCCUGAAGAAAGAGCGCGAUGAGAACGAGGAUAACGAUAACAAAGACACGGAAUGCAGGGAUAAGAAGAAUUGGAUGAGUUCGGUUCAGCUCUGGAACAACACUGCCACUUGUAAUAAUGACGCCUCUGAUCACAAACAACAUCGUAAAUUAGAAAUCAAGAAGAGUGAAGAAGAAGGGCAAUCUGUGGGUGAGGACCCAUUUCAAUCUUGUAGUUAUAGAAACGGAGGAGGGAGAGGUUUUAUGCCUUUCUCUGCAUACACUUGUUCCUCUUCUUCUUCUGUCCCUGUGAGAACAGUGGCACUGGGAAACAAAGAAGAGAAGGAAGAUAGUGUUGUGAAUAGACUUUCUCUUUUAAGCCCUCCAGUGAAGAGCUUCAAAGAAGGGUGUGGUUCCAGGGGAUCAAGAAGCAGCAGUUCCAAUAGGGCUGUUUCUUCAUCUCCUCCUACGGUUCAACCUAGUUUGCGUGCAGCACCGCUUCAGCACCAACAGACAGCGAGGAAACAGAGGAGGUGCUGGUCCCCUGAGUUGCAUCGUAGAUUUGUUAAUGCUUUGCAGAAACUCGGUGGCUCUCAAGCGGCAACACCAAAGCAAAUUAGAGAGCUCAUGCAGGUUGAUGGGCUGACUAAUGAUGAAGUGAAGAGCCAUUUACAAAAAUAUCGACUUCAUACGCGGAGAGUUCCAACUGCAAGUGGGAAUCAGCCAGUUGUAGUUCUUGGAAGCUUGUGGAUGUCUCAAGAUCAGUACAAUGACUCUUCAAAGGUUAGCAGUUCAGGGUCUGGUUCUCCUCAAAGUCCCCUUCAUUUAGGUGCAGGGUGCAGGGGAGGGACAUCCCCAACUGAGGGUGACAGCAUGGAAGAUGAUGAAGAUGCAAAAUCCGAGAGUUAUAGCUGGAAAAGUCAGUUGCACAAAGCUGCAAAAGUUGAUGUAUAGAUACUACUCUCCACCAUGAAUUUUGCAGAUAAAAGUAUACAUGGGAGGAGUUUUACGACUAUAUAAGAAUAACCAAUACAUGAAUACAUAAAAAGAAGGUCAACGGAGAGAGGCUGUUGCAGUUUUUGAAGGUUUACUUUAGCUUGCCUUCUAUACAACCUGAGUUUUCAUACCAGACCCCCCAUUAAAAUAUCCCUUUUCUUCUUGACGUUAAGGAGCAGGUCAUAUUUUUACAUGUCAUAAAAUUCUUUCAUUUCUUUUUGUCACGAGAACUCUGUGAUGCCUCAGAAGUAAUUAAUUAGUCACAUAUUUAGAUGGGUUUAUCUUGCAUGUUUGGGUGGAUAAUUUUGCUUGAUUUCUUCUCUUACUUUAUUUACACAAAUAAAUCACUUCACAAAUUUCAGAGGUGUCUUAUCAUAAUUGAUCAUUUUUUUC